GUUAUAAAAUAGUUUUGUAAAUAAUGCCGGCAUAAUAAUAUAAUUUGCAGGUUUUUCAUGAAAACAUUAACUUAGAAGGUGUGACCGUAAAGAAUCGUAUAAACUAAAGCGCAAUUACAUGGACCUGACUGAAAAUGACUAAUGUUUCCGUAAUUACCAACCUGAAAAGGUUCAAAAAGAUGCCGAUCUAUGUGGUCGAAGAACAUAACGAUGCCUUACAAUUUAUAUACUCAGCUAUCGGAGGAAAGAAAUUACCGAUGGAAGGUACCACUUUAUUGCACUUCGACGCUCAUCCAGACAUGCUUAUAGAUCGUAAAUUGAAGGGAGAAGAGGCGCGUUCUGGUAGGAAAGUUUUGCCAUUAUUGCAAAUAGAAAAUUGGAUCGUACCCGCUGCGGCCGCUGGCUAUAUUGACCGCGUGGUGUGGCUGCGCCCUCCGUGGGCGAAUCAAUUCUCCGACGGCACGCGCGUUAUUCAGGUCGGCGAUGAUGCACACACUGGGCUACUUCGAGUGGACAGCAAAGAACCGUAUUAUCUUUCCGAUGCAUUAUAUUCGUCCAAUUUAGAAAACUCUAGAGAAUUUGAACUUACUGUCGCCGAGCUCUCUGAUAAAACCAAAGAAAAGGUUGGAGAAAUCGAAAAUUUAGCAAGCACUCUAAAUAUUACUGAACCUUAUGUGUUGGACAUUGAUUUAGAUUUCUUCAGCACAGGAAACCCGUUCCUUUCCUUAUUUCAAAGCAUCAACUUAUAUGACCGUUUGGAACCUAUAUUUAGCUUUAAACUUCCUGAAAAUGACGACGCGGAAACAAUACAAAAAGUUAAUGAGUUGCGGGAACAACAAAUCGAGGAGUUGGAAAAUAUAUUUCAACAUCUAGAAGAGCACGGCGAGUUGACUCAUUACUCUGGUAUUAGAAGUGAUAUGUUUCAUAAGGUUUCAGACUUAGUGUCUGUUGUGUUAGCAGAAGCAGAACGUCUAAACGUGACACCUGAUUGGUGGGCGAUAUACGCAGGAGGCUGCACAAGAGACCAGGGUGGGCUGCCUUACCAUAUAAGCAACGAACAAGAAAUAAGAAAUUUGAUUAGCGCGUUCUCCAAAUUGCUGCGGGUGUUACCAACUCCCGUAUUAGUUACCGUCUCCAGGUCGACUGAUGAUGGUUACUGUCCCCCAGAUCAGGUGGAUCUAGUUCAGUCCCUCGUGCUCCAGACCUUGAACAACUUGUAUGAGACCGACGAUCCCUAUCUAUAUUAUCUCAAUGUAAACACCUAACACUUGAUUAGUUCUUAGGAUUUUUUCAAUUUUUUGUUAAUAUGUAAAUAGGUAAUCUCCUUUAGCGAAGCAAUCAAAUACAUGUUCUCCUGUGGUUAAGUAA